AUGUUAGAUGAAGUAUAAAUAAUUAUUGUAUUUGCUAUUGUAGAUAACUACUUAUGUUGUGAUUGCAUAGAUUUUAACUCAAAAAAAAUAAAGUUAAUUCAUUAUACUAAAUGUAGAUUCGAUUUUUCAAUAACAAAUCAAGAGUAUUUCUUUAGUAAGAUAAGUUAGUAAGGAAAUUUAUAUGGUAAUCUUCAAAAUUUAAGCAAUGAUUAUAUUAUUUCUCGUUUCAGUAGUUUUAGGAUAAUUAUCAAUCUUUUAAAAUACAUCAUCAAUGGAUUCAAUUAAAGUGGUUAUAGUAAUUAAAAUUGA